AUGGCUUUAUUCGUCCUCCUCAUCCUGACGUCCCUGUGUAUUGCGGGCCGAGAGGCCCUCAGCAUCUCUGACUGCGGAGCUUACGCCAGACGGCCAGAAUACACCGACAUCGCCGUCGUUUGCGGCACAUCUUCCAUCGAUUUGGCGAUUCAGAUCUGCCCGGUCAUCUAUACCGGGUACAACGGCAGCCUGCUCAUCCUGAACCGCGUCCGGAAUAAUGUGGACUGUCAGGGGAAGCUGGACACUGCCGUGACGCCUCCUGUGGUGAGAUUUAGCUUCCCCAUCAGAGAGGGAAACGCCUGCGGGAGCAACUUCCUGACUACGAGCGCGCCGGGGACGGGGAUAUUCGCAGACUUCUCCAACAUUCAGACGGUGAACGUCAGCGGGGUGAUCCGGUCCUUCGACCCCACCAUCGGCACCAUCACCUACAACGCUGAGCUCAAGUACUACUACUCCUGCGCCUAUCCGCUGGAGUACCUGGUCAACAACACCCAGGUGGAUGUGUCAUCGUCCUCCAUCGCUUUGAAGGACAACAAUGGGAGCUUCAUCAGCACCCUCAGCAUGUCCCUGUUCCAGGAUAUAAAUUACACCAAGCCUCUUGUGAUUCCCCCGCUGGGCCUCGAACUGAGGAAGAACAUCUAUGUCCAGGUGGAUGCGUCCAACCUAACAUCGCAGUACUUCGUGCUGCUGGACCGGUGCUACGCCUCAGUGUCCUCGCAUCCCUCCAACUCCACCUUCUUUAAUCUGUUUGUCUCGUGCUCCAUAGAUCAGCUGACGACCAUGCUGGAAAACGGGGACAGCCAGAAGGCUCGCUUCUACUUCCCGGCGUUCCGCUUCACCGAGCAGCAGAAUGAGACCAUCUCCACCUACUACCUGCACUGCAUCACCCGCCUGUGCGAGAGCAGCACCUGCAGCACCUUCAAGCAAUGCAACGGGCGGAGGAGGAGGAGGAGGAGGGGCGUGGAGACCACCGUGAUCAGGGACGGCAUCACCGAGCCCUCCGUGCUCACCGUGGCCAUCAAGGCCAAGACGGAGGACGCGUCUCUCUCCAAAGAAGAGGGUGAGUGUGUUAUUUAUUAACUUGGCUGCCAUGAGAAGAGCGCC